AGGGUUAGGCAACUGCAGCCGCCUGGACAGGGGCUGAAGGGGAAGAGAAAGCAGCCCUGAGCUGUGGCCGGGACAUUGGAGGAGCUGGGAAGCAGCCCACUGCAGAGAUGCUAUCUCCCUGGCUGGGCAUCAGUCCCAGCACUUCUCCCUGACAGGCUUCUCUCUGAGCUGCCUGCAUCCCUCCUGCCAGCCUGUGUUCACCGUGGAGACGAUGAAGGGGGAAGCUGGACGUCAGCGCCAUGACGAGAAGCCGAAGCAGGAGGGACACAUCUGGGGCUCCAUGAGGAGGACCGCCUUCAUCCUGGGCUCCGGCCUUCUCUUGCUGGUGGCCUUCUGGAACUCCCUCACCUGGCAUCUUCAGAGAUUUUGGGGUGCUUCUGGCCACUUCUGGCAAGCCCAGUGGGAGAGGCUGCUGCUCACCUUCGAAGGGAAGGAGUGGGUCCUCUUCGUGACAGGUGCCACCUACCUGCCUGUCCUGUCAUUCUGGACCUUCAACGGGCUCCUACUGGUGGUUGACACCACCGGGAAACCCAACUUCAUCUCCCGCUACCGGAUUCAGGCUGGCAAGAAUGACCCGGUGGACCCCGUGAAACUGCGCCAGUCCGUCCGCACGGUUCUGCUCAACCAGCUCCUGAUCUCCUUGCCCAUCGUGGUCCUCCUCUACCCCACCCUCAAGCUGUGGAGGGACCCCUGCCGCCGAGAGCUGCCCACCUUCCACUGGUUCCUCCUGGAGCUGGCCAUCUUCACGCUGAUCGAGGAGAUCAUGUUCUACUACUCACACCGGCUCCUUCACCACCCAAUGUUCUACAAGAAAAUCCAUAAGAAACACCACGAGUGGACAGCUCCCAUUGGCGUGAUCUCGCUCUACGCCCACCCCAUCGAGCAUGUGGUCUCCAACAUGCUGCCGGCAAUGGUGGGGCCCAUCGUAAUGGGCUCCCACUUGUCCUCCAUCAUGGUGUGGUUUUCCUUGACUCUCAUCGUCACCACCAUCUCCCACUGUGGCUACCACCUACCCUUCCUGCCUUCACCUGAAUUCCAUGACUAUCACCAUCUCAAGUUCAACCAGUGCUAUGGGGUGCUGGGGGUGCUGGACCAUCUCCACGGGACAGACACCGUGUUCAAGCAGACCAAGGCCUACGAGAGACACAUCCUCCUGUUAGGCUUCACCCCACUCUCUGAGAGCAUCCCCGACCCCCCAAAGAUGGAGUGAGAGAGGGCCUGAGUGCCAUCCUGGCUGUCCCCUCAGCAGCGGACUGCUAAGGUGGCCUGAGGCCUCCUGACCGCACCUGGGAACUUACUUCUUCAGCCCGGCACUAAAGAUAGCACCGCGAGGGAGGGGGCAGGCUGGCUUCCAGGAAAUGCAGGGCCAGGGCUCCCCUGACUGCCCCUUUUGUCCCUCCAGGGGACCAGGAGUUAGCUUAAGGAAGAGGAAGAAACAGCUCCCCACAAUGACCAGUCCCUACGGUCCUCUGCUGUGAAAGGAAAGAGGGGCCCGGAUGACUGCGUAGGCAAGAUGUAGCUAAUGACAGGUGGCAGCCACACUGGAGGCUGCGUGGCUCCGGAGAGCCCCUUCUGCUGCCAGGGGCUGGGGGGGGAGG